CUUCGCGAGGCCGAAGAGCGCCUGUCGCCCUUCCAGGCCCGUGCGGGGCGAUCCCGCAGCCUCCAGGCGGCGAUCCAGGGCGGCUCGAGGCCUGAGCGGGAGCCCGGAGGCGCGGCCGGCAUGGAGGCGCUGCUGCUGAGCGUGGGGUUGCUGCUGGGCGCCUACGUGCUAGUCUAUUACAACCUGGUGAAGGCGCCGCCGUGCCGCGGCAUCGCCAGCCUGCGGGGCCGCACGGCCGUGGUCACGGGCGCCAACAGCGGCAUCGGGAAGAUGACGGCGCUGGAGCUGGCGCGCCGGGGAGCGCGCGUGGUUCUAGCCUGCCGGAGCCGGGAGCGCGGGGAGGCGGCCGCCUUCGACCUCCGCCAGGAGAGUGGGAACAAUGAGGUCAUCUUCAUGGCCUUGGACUUGGCCAGUCUGGCCUCCGUGAGGGCCUUUGCCACUGCCUUCCUGAGCUCUGAGCCACGGCUGGACAUCCUCAUCCACAAUGCCGGGAUCAGUUCCUGUGGCCGAACCCGGGAGUCCUUUAACCUGCUGUUGCGAGUGAACCACAUCGGCCCCUUCCUGCUGACACACCUGCUGCUGCCCCGGCUGAAGACAUGCGCCCCCAGCCGCGUGGUGGUGGUAUCCUCAGCCGCCCACCGUCGAGGCCGCCUCGACUUCACACGCCUGGACUGCCCAGUGGUGGGCUGGCGGCAGGAGCUGCGGGCAUAUGCCGACAGCAAGCUGGCCAAUGUAUUGUUUGCCAGGGAGCUCGCCACUCAGCUUGAGGGCACUGGCAUCACCUGCUAUGCAGCCCACCCAGGGCCAGUGAACUCGGAGCUGUUCCUGCGCCACGUUCCUGGAUGGCUCCGCCCACUUUUGCGCCCAGUGGCUUGGCUGGUGCUGCGGGCACCACGAGGGGGUGCCCAGACCCCCCUGUACUGCGCUCUGCAGGAGGGCAUUGAGCCCCUCAGUGGGAGAUACUUUGCCAACUGCCAUGUGGAGGAGGUGCCCCCAGCUGCAAGAGACGACCGGGCAGCUCACCGGCUAUGGGAGGCCAGCAAAAGGCUAGCCGGGCUUGGGCCUGGCGAGGGUGCCGAAUCUGAUGAAGAUCCCCAGCCUGAGGACCCAUAUUCUCCGAGCAGCCCCCACCCUGAGGAGCCCACGGCUUCUGAACUCUACCCCAGCCCUCAGAGUUCACCAGACUUGUCUAAGGUCAUGCGCCGAAUUCUGGUUAAAGCUGAACCUGAGCUCCAAACCUCCUAACCCCCAGGCCGGGAAGCUUUCCAGGGCACUUGGUGGGCCUUGAAAACCUUAGCUGUGUGCCAGGCCACGCACUGGGCAUUGAGAGGGUUGCAAUUUUUACCUCCAUGGUUACCUUCUGGGGCUUCAAGCUACAUCCUGGACAGCUCGUUUCCAGAUGGAAGGAAAUAAAGGGUGAUGAUUUCUUCCUGAGAGUGACCGUAGCCCCAGAUUGAGAGGCGGGGCGUAGUGUGCCAGAUGCGGCUUCUCAGGAAUUUGAAUUUCGUAUUUUCCAGGCUCUACCCUCAGGAAUGCUGAUCAGCCCUGGAUGAGGGCCUGGGAAUUUGUGAUCUGAUGCACUGCCAACACUGACAAUUACUCAGCCGGGCCCUUUUCGACCGUGUAGCUAGGUAGUUGCAUUAUCCCCUUUUUCCAGAGGCGGGAUUAGGCAGCCAGGUAAGGGACUCGCCCAAGGUCUCCCAGCUAGUAAGAGCAGGGGCUGAAAUUGGAGCCCCGGCGGGCUGACUCCAGGGCCGGCCGCUGUAAGGGGGCUGUUGCGGUUCUGACUAUAAACAGUAUGUGUUUGGCGGCUGGGCCUGGGCCUGGUGGUGUAUCUCCGACACUCAGAG